AUGGAAAAUAAAUUGAUUACCGCUAUAGUUGGUUCGUCAAUCGCUCGAAAUAUAUCAGUAAAAAACAUAGAAAAUGAAACGAAUGAAGUGCGUCUUAGAUUUAAAUCGGGUAGUGACUGUGCUGAUGCUCUAUCAUGGUUGGAAUCAACUGAUGGUCAAUUUUUUAUGCGCAAUGUCAAUCAAUUAAUUUUCAUACUUGGCACAAAUGAUAUUCACCGAGUUGGAGCUUUUGAAACAGCUCAACGUAUUGAUUAUACAAUUGAAAAAAUUCGACGUUUAUAUUCCGGCGUAAAUAUUAUUUGGCAGCUUCUUCAACAGCGCACACGAAAGACCUGGCUUUUACCUGAAGGCCAGGCAGUUUUAAAUGAAAUUGAAAAAUGUAAUGGGUUUCUACUCGAAUUGGCUGCCAAGAAGAAAUUUGAUAUUAUCCAACCGGCAAUACCAAUUCAAUACAUGUACGAUGGCCUACAUCCAUCAAAAUAUGGAGUUGAAAUGAUGGAAGCAACCAUUCGUAACUACCUACAACAAAACAAAAUGGUAUACUCUUCCUCAUUUUCAAACGUUCCUCGUCGUUUUCAAAGUAACGUAUAUCCUCCUCCAUUAAUGUCGAUCAAUCUUUAA